AUGUGGGUGAUGAAAGAGGAUGGUGUGGGCAAAUCAUGGGCUAAACUAUUUGCAAUAUGGCUGCAACUGGAAACGGAAGACGGGACAACGGUUAAUUUGGUUGGUAUUAGAAACAGUGGUGAGCUUGUGCUCAGAGUCAGAGUGAGUGGUAAAGAAGAUGAUCAAUGUUUGUCUGUGAACCCUAAGACCAGACAAGUUAAGAAUUUUCGAAUUGAGAAGAAGGCAGGCACAUGUCCAUGGGUGCUUUUACAGAGAGCCUUGUCUUUCUUGCCCAACCCAAUGUAA